AAGGAAAAUAGUACCAAGUGGUCUAUACUUGAAAAUUUGUUAUGAUGUUGUGGCCUUCAAGUUCAAAGUUCAAACUUUCUCUCAAAUCUGAUAUAUAAGAUAUGCAUAUUAUACCCACAUGACACUUAUGUAUGGUAAUUGGCAGACACUUUUUCAUCCACCCUUAUGAUUGGUUAGCUUGAAAUUAGUAUGAUGUCUUUGGAUUUGGCUGGGGACUAUAUAUACUUGAAUAAAUCAUUUAGCUUUUCACCUAAUCUGAAUCACUUUCCAAAUUCCUUGUACUAAACAUAGACAAAGAUAGCUAAUGGUGGCCAUGGGCAUGGAGGAUGAGCGCUUGGAGCAUUUGUUGGUGGUGCUGGGUCUGUUGGUGUUCUUGAUAUACCAUAUCUGGCUUCUCUACACCAUAGUAUACAACCCUGUUCGAACUGUCAUUGGCCUAAACGCAGAGUCUCGUCAUCAAUGGGUUCUUUUCAUGAUGAGUGAUACCGCGAAGAAUGGGGUCUUAGCUGUUCAAACUAUCCGCAACAAUAUCAUGGCAUCCACUCUUCUUGCUACAACAGCAAUCACACUCACUUCACUGAUUGGUAUUUUUGCUAGCAAUGCAUGGAAUACUGAUGACACUGCUCCCAUUCUUUACAGUAUUUCUUCAAUGAAACGUAUUUCUAUCACCGUAUGCUUCCUUGUUGCAUUCUUAUGCAAUGUGCAGUCUAUAAGAUGCUAUGCCCAUGUAAGCUUUUUGAUCAAUGCACCUACACUCAGAGACAAAAGAGAAUACAUGGAAUACAUUACAAAAACGUUGAACCGUGGAAGCCAUUCUUGGUCCCUUGGAUUGAGAGCAUUCUACUUGUCAUUUCCUCUGUUCCUCUGGAUUUAUGGACCCAUACCCAUGUUUGUUUGUUGUUGUUUGACAUCAUUUAUUUUGUACUUCUUGGAUACAACAGCUAAAAUCGCAAGGGAUCUUCACAGCAACUCAUUCAGGAAGGAGAGGGGAACUCAUGAUGUGGAAUCUGCAGUGGAGCCUGAUUACCAUCCUUUAGCUGUGCAUUGUUGUUAAACUCAAUAAAUCACCAAGCUUGUAGAUCAAUUGGCUGAGGUCGUUCUCGCUUAAGUAGAAGUCUCGGGUUCGAGUUCAUAUGAUUGCAGCUGCACUAAAUACUCGUCAGAGAAGACGGAUAAGAUUCUAAGUAUCAUUACUUCACAAGAAUUGUGAGGGGUUGUCUAAAUGACCCAUGAUAAAAUUUGUUCUUAAAAUUUGUUCUAAAUAACUUCAAAACUUGUAACUUCAAAGAUAAGUGAGGUGGAAUUUCUAUAUUUUAUUUAUUA